AGGCAGACAGGCAGCUGAGCGAAAUAGCGAAACAUAACCAAUCAUUUCGCAUGUAUACAUACAUCUCUAUUUUUUGUUAGUAAAUUUUAGAAACUCGUGCGGUGAUUGAUCAGCCAAAGCUGCAAUUCUAUCUAAAACAUUUUGACAACUGGUUAUAAGCAUGCUGUCAAUUCAAAGACUUGCCGUUCAGCUUUCAUCUUGGUCUGCUGUUCAGAAUACUGUUUGUCUUCUAUCUUCAACUGCAACAGCUAUUCCCCUCAGGCCCAAAAAGGAGAAAUCCUUCAGAAACCAGGCAGUAAGUUUGAUUGACUACCGUCGUAUACAAGCUCAAGGGGGAAACGGUGGUGAUGGAUGCAUUUCGCUCCUGAGCUUGUGGUCCAAUGAGUACGCGGGGCCUGAUGGUGGGGAUGGAGGCAGUGGUGGGCAUGUAGUUCUUCAUGCCAGCACAGAUGUCAGAGAUCUAGCUCACAUACCAGCAGUAAUCAGAGCAGACAAUGGAGAGCCAGGCUUAAACAAGAAUCGCUUUGGUAAAAAUGCUAAGCACACAGUAGUUAAGGUUCCAAUUGGAACUGUGAUAAAAAACGAGGAGGGUAAAGUUGUGGGUGAUAUGGAGCUAAACGACACACUAUUUGUUGCUGCUCGAGGAGGAGCAGGUGGGCAUGGCAAUGCUUAUUUCAGGACAGAUGUAAAUCAGACCCCUCAGGUUGCUGAGUUUGGAGCAGCGGGAGAAAGUAUUCUGUACUUUAUAGAGAUGCGUAGUAUGGCUGAUAUAGGUCUGAUUGGAUUUCCUAAUGCAGGAAAGAGUACGUUGUUGCAGGCGAUAUCGAGGGCCAAGCCAAAAGUUGCUCCUUAUCCAUUUACAACACUGAGGCCUUAUGUUGGAAUUGUACAAUACAGCGAUCAUACUCAAUUAGCUGUGGCUGACCUUCCUGGACUUGUGAUAGACUCCCACAAAAACAAGGGAUUAGGAAUUGGGUUUCUGAGACAUGCCGAACGAUGCAGCCUACUGGCCAUGGUUUUAGACCUAUCAGAACCAGAACCAUGGAACCAACUUCACGCUUUACGCAAUGAAUUAAGACAUUUCAGUCCAGAAUUAUCAGAGAGACCACAAUUAAUCAUUGCAAACAAGAUAGACUUGCCGAGUGCACAGGAAAAUUAUCAACUUCUAACCAAAGAGAUUAAUACAGAAAUAAUGCCAAUCUCAGGAAAGACUGGAGAGAAUUUAACUAAUCUUCUUUACCGUUUUAAAUCGCUUCAUUCAGAAUAUCUGGAGCAAAAAGAUAAAAACAAUGACUUUUCUGAAUAACAUAAUUACAAUUAGUACUGAUAUUUUUAUAAGAAUAAUAAUUAUUAUUAUUUGCCU